AUGGGACUACCUUUCGGUAUCAAGCCGCAGGCCAACAGUCACCCCGUGGCCGAGCACUCACAGUCUGACUCUGAAGCGUCCAUCAUCCGCGAUGGCGAUCUCGCCUACGUACGGCAAACAGCUGGAAAUGGCGCUUCAGGAUACCAGGAAGCUGUCGGUGCUCCCGUCGAGACACGCUCACCGCUGGGAUACCACGUCAACUGGUUGACUAUCAUCUUCCUCAACCUCAAUCACAUGGUCGGCACCGGCAUUUUCUCCACGCCAGCUACUAUCCUACGGCUCACAGGCUCAGUCGGUCUGGCUCUCGUCUAUUGGGUCAUUGGCUUCCUCUUGGCUGUAGCUGGUCUCGCAGUCCACAUGGAGUUCACCAGCUAUUUUCCCAACCGCAGUGGCUCAGAGGUUGUCUGGCUCGAGCAAGUCUUUCCCCGACCGAAGCAUCUCUUCCCCGUUGCCUUCGCUGUACAGUCUGUGCUGCUAUCUUUCAGUAGCAGUAACGCAAUUGUCCUUUCCAACUACCUCUGGCGUAUUGUCGGUCGCGCGCCGGAUCCCUGGGAGCUCAAGGGUGUUGCGAUUGCAGCUUACACGUUGGCUGUCAUCACUGUUAUUGCACAUAACAAGUAUUCCCUGUGGGCGAUAAACGUUAUUGGUGCUUUAAAAUUGCUCUUGCUAUUGUUAAUCUCCAUCUCGGGCCUUGUCAUCCUUGGAGGUCAUUUCCCGCGGAUCGAGAACCCAGGCAUCAACUUUCGUCAUGGCUUUCAAGACACAACUUCGAGCGGCUACAGUCUCUCUCAGGCCAUGGUCAACAUCACAUUUGCCUUCUCAGGUUGGCAAAACGCUUUCAGCAUGGCAAAUGAGAUCAAGAAUCCUAUCCCCACCUUGAAAAAGAAUGCCACGGCUUCCCUGCUCAUUGUCUUCUCUCUAUACUUCCUCUCCAACAUUGCCUACUUUGCCGCAGUCCCCAAGGACAUAUUUCUCGAGUCUAAAGAGCUGGCCGCCGCUGUCUUCUUUCGUACAGCCUUUGGGUCUUCAGCAGAGUCCGCCCUCAAUUUUUGUGUCCUCUUGAGCUCUUUCGGCAACCUCCUAGCUGUUCUUAUCAGCCAGUCCCGUCAGAUCAGAGAAAUCGCGCGCCAAGGCGUACUCCCGUGGACUGAAUUCUGGGUUUCAACCAAACCCUUGGGGACUCCCAUCGGCCCAUAUCUACUCAAAUGGGGGUUCACUUUCCUGAUGAUCGUCUCGCCUCCAGCGGGUGAUGCCUUUCAGUUCGUCGUCUCUCUCAAGACAUACCCUGAUGCCAUAUUCCAUGCUGCCAUGGGCGUUGGUCUUUUACUGAUUCGUCGCCGCCGUUCUCGCUCCGAAACUCCCAGAUCCGACUUUUGA